CUUCGCUGUGAAUAGUUAAAACACCUAAUCCGAAGAAACGGUUCAAACUCGUCUAAUUUGUUGAGUGAAAUGUGUUGACGUGAAGUUCGCUAAAAAUGAGCCUGAUUGAAGCAAGCCCCGCCGAGCUCUUCCAACAGAUAAUCAAAUUGCAGUUGAAAAAGCCCAAAAGCUGGAACUGGCAAUUAUCGACAUCGAAAUCUUCGCCCCAGAUUGCCCUUCCGGUAAUACAACUUUACAAUUCAAAAGGGCAAUUGGUCGUGGAAGCCAAAGACAGUGGCGCGACCCAGAGACGAAGUUGGCACAGUUCGGAUUUCCGACCGAAAGAAACAGCCACAAAUGUCAAGAGGGAAAAUAAAGAACCAACAGACAGACAUUUACAGAGAUGUAGAAGCGACACAUUAGAAACGGACUCGAGGAAAAACCGCUGUGCAAACAAAUUGGAUUCGAUGAGAAGAAGAGAGACGCAGAAAUCGACGAAUAAUAAAUUAACUAAGAGUUCUAGUGCGGUGUUUGAGAAAAGGACACACGAAAAUAGAAAAUCUGGAAGCUACAAUGGAAAUUCGAUUAAGGGGGAAGACGGGAAAUACAAGACGUUGCAUGAUCUCAAGAAAUCGAGGAGCGACGUUCUGGAACUUAAAGGAAAUCCCCGUUUUGGCGAAACCUGCGAAAACAGAGAAAAAAAGGAUCUCCAAUGCCACCGUCGAAGUCGCAGCGACGACCUAUUCCGUCGAAAAUUAAAAACGAACGAGGAAAGUUUAAAACGGGCCGAAAUCGACGGCUACAAAAACUUCAUCAAGUCUGUUGUCACGCCAGCUUCGAAUGUUUUAUUGCCCAAUAACGCCUUUAAUAUCGAAGUAAACCAUUUGAAACAUAACAGGUACAAAACAAGAACAAGCAGCGCCGGCACGUUAAUAAUUAGCGAGGAAAGUUUUAACAACCGCCAGCGACGCCGUCGCCGUCGAGACGCGUCAAUAGAAAACUCGAACAACGCCCAGAAUAAUGCGGGUCCGUACGACGACACAAUGGGAAAUACGGAAACGGACACAAAUCUUGGAACCGCCACACCGGAAAAUCGAUACAAGGCCGGAAAAAUCGACACAGGAUCUAGAAGAUUACCCGAAAAUGGCUUGUUUUAUUCCCGAAGUGAUGUGUUUCCAUUGACUGCCAUGCUAAAUAAGAGAAUAAAUAAAAAAUGCGACGAUAAUUGCAAUUACUUAGUGACAACCCCUGACAGUGAUAACAAAAACAAUAAAAGUUUCCAAGCAAUCAUCGAAAAAUUGGAAAGGAAAAAACGCAGAAAAGUUCGAAGACAUUACAGUGAUGCAUCAACGUCGCCCACCGUCUUGGAAAAGAAAUAUCAACAUAAAAGAAAGGGAAACGGGACAAAAGCACGUGUGGUCAAGGAGCAUCCAAAGGACGUCGUCGACGGCAGCGGUGAUUCGGACUUGUUGCAGCUGGUGCGUCGUCUUUCUUCGAGCGAUCAUGUGAAGAUGGGGGCCAACGUUAGCCGUCACUCGUCGAAGGGUUUAUCCGGACGACGGUCUCAAUCCAGUGGCAGCAUAUGCAACGGAAAGGGGAGACACAACGACGGCAAGAUGUGUGGCAGCCUUCCUAGUUACUUGGACGACCGCAACUCCACCGGCUGCAAUAACAACCAUCACGAGUGCGAGAAGCCGCCCCUUGAUGAGGUGCAGAGGAUCCCUCCUCUGGGGGAUGGGGCGCCGCUUCACUGGAAGUUUUCAGAUAACCAGACGGUGCUCUGCGACCAGGGCUACGGCUCGGAACGCUCCCCCGAGGAGGAAUAUCCGCCGCCCUUGCCCGACCAUGACAGUCAGUGUCACCACCACCUGGAACCCCACGCUUGCUACCCUUUCAUCACACCAGAAAGUACUUUCAUUGUGAAACUCAGCAAGAGUUCAAGAGGUCUUGGUUUGAGCGUGACUGGUGGUAUUGACAGCGGCGGCUCGUGGCCUGGCCUAAUACGAAUCAAAAGACUGUUUCCACAUCAGCCGGCGUCGGCUUGUGGUCUUUUAAACGUAGGGGAUCUCAUAAUAGAAGCUAACGGAAUUACGCUUACCGGCCUUACAAAUUACGAGGCUCUAGAAGUAUUAAGAACUGCACCCAAUCAAGUCGACUUGAAGGUGUGUCGACCUCCUCCAGACGUCUUAAGCUGUGUCAGUCCCAUAUCUGAAGUUCCUCCGCCACCACCAAGACGAGAACCGCCCACUAGUCUUAAUUUACACUCGUCGGAAGUUUACUGUACUCCCGAAGACGACUAUUACCAUGGUGAAUUCGAAGUAACGCUGACCAAAAUACAGGGAUCUCUAGGAUUUACGUUGCGGAAAGAAGAUGAUAGUGCUUUAGGACAUUACGUAAGAGCUCUUGUUCGGGAACCUGCACUCACGGAUGGACGAAUUCGAGCAGGGGACAAAAUUAUUGCUGUUAACGAAGUUGAAAUAUCGCCCAUGUCGCACGAACAGGCGGUACAAUUCCUUCGACAAUGUGGUGAUGUCGUCAAAUUACGGCUAUAUAGGGAUUCCGCUCAGACGCCGGUUGCAGCCCUUUCGCCCACGGAAACCACCCCAAGAACUUCGUUCUCAAAGAAAACGCAUCUAAGACAAGAGGCUGUAGACAUGUUAAACGACAUAGCAGUCCGUAAGCUGAUCCCCGGCAACCACUCGACUUACAAAUGCUCGACGUCUCCGACGUCUUCGCCCCGCCGUCUGCGUCGCCAAGCCUGCCCUUCGGACGCAUCACAAAUAACCGACACCUCCUUGAAAUACCUUCUGACCGACGAACAAUUCCACGAAGGCCUCCUUCAAAAAUGCUCACAUCCCUACGACGACGACAGUUUAAACCUCUUCACUAUAGACCCCGACGACGGCGAUAGACCCUCCCGCCCCAGCUCGCUCGACCUCUACAACCCCAACCAAACCCCCGUGGCGGCCCGAAAGCCCCGCUUCAACUUCUCCCUCGCUCACAACGCCUACGAAUUAAACAAUCUCGAUGCCGACGUGCUAGAUGCUCCGAAUUUGACAUACAAUCUAGGAAACGAUGACGUCAAAAGCACGGAAGUGGAAUGCGGGGAUAGUUUUCCGAAGGAGCCGGCGAGUAUGCCGCACAUUCCGUGUGAUAAUCCGGGUUUCAGCUACAAGAAUCCGGUCUACCAGUCCGCUCAUCCGCCAUGUGGAACAGAACUUGAGGAAAAAGGCCCCAAACUGAGUAAAACCGACGACAGCAACAUGAAGAAGUGGAAAGGGGUGGUUUUCGACGGGCACGACGAGAGAGAAGAGAUCCCCACAAUGCCGAUCCGGGAAGAAUACGAAAUCCUUGCGAUUGAACUGAAUAGGGGAUGGAAUAGUAGAUUAGGUUUCAGUUUACAGGGGGCUGCAGGAGUCACGUAUGUGAGUGCGGUUCAUGCGGAUAGUGUAGCUGCUAGGGAUGGGAGAUUAAAACCUGGUGAUCGAGUGAUUAAGGUGAAUGACGAGAGCGUUGAGCAUUUGAGUACCACUGAAAUUAUAGACUUGCUUCGAAUAGUAAGAGGUCCAGUUUGUAUAGUUGUAUCCAGAAUUAAAUCAAAAGAAGACUGCCCAAAAAGCAAUGCAGAGAAUUGAAACGUAGUACAAGUUAUAUUCUAAGAGCAUCUAUCAAAUAUAACACAAUAGAGAAAAAUUGAGUAAAUAUAUUGCAUGUUAAAAAUGAUUGAACGAUUUAGGAUAUUUUAACAAUUUUAAACUCCUGUUUUAGUAAAGUAAGGAAAAGAAUGUGAUAGUUUAGUGACAAUUUUAUUACGAUUGUUUUUUAAACAUUUCCCUACGUAAAAUGUGAUUUUUUAAAUACGAUAUUUUUGUUAAUGGUUUCUGUUUUCAAAUGUGUAAAGUAUAAAAUGUUCUUGUAUCUAGAAUUUUAAGCUAGUCUUGUAUUGUAAACAACUAUGGUACACCUUAAAUUACAGACUUAUUAUAUAAGUCUAGUUAGAGAUUACAUGUAGUUAAAACGUAUUCAAAUUAUUAUUAGAUUGAAUGUUCAACUAGUAGAAUCAAAGUGUACAACAAAUAUUCCAAUUUAAAAAAAAAUGAUAUUAAAAAUUGUAUUCUAAAUUCUCGCCUAAAUAGCAAAUGUGUAUUCUUUAUUUUUUGUAAGAUAAUGUUGAAUCAAACUAUAAAUCAAUUAAAUUUUAGCAAUACUUGAAAUUUAAAGAAAUAUAUCUAUAAUAUUUGUUAUCCAAAUCAUUCAUUUCUUUUCAAUUUGUGUUACACUUUUUAAUAGAAAUUUAUAAACAACUCGUUCUUUUUAAUCAAACCAAAGAGGAAUAAAAAUCGUUGAAAUGAUUCCAAA